UAAAAACAUAAAGACGCAAUUUUGUAAGAAGACUAAACACCCUCUUAACAGUCAUCUUUUAGACACUGAGUAACAAAUAACCAACGCAUUAAGUGGAAAAGACUCCACCUACGUUGAUAUGGAUGACAACGGCACCGACACCCACUCCACCGGAGUCGAGUCUCCGCUACUCAUCAACUUCGUUGACGGCGUUGUCGACUAUAGAGGACAUCCAGUUCUCAGAUCAAAAUCCGGUUGCUGGCGAUCGGCAUAUUUUAUCAUUGGCGUUGAAGUGGCAGAGAGAUUUGCGUACUAUGGCGUCAGUUCAAAUUUAAUCACAUACUUGACCGGUCCCUUGGGGCAAUCGACGGCCACCGCAGCCGAGAAUGUCAACACGUGGACUGGAACGGCGAGGCUUCUUCCUCUUCUUGGCGCUUUCAUUGCUGAUGCUUUUCUGGGUCGAUACCUAAUGAUUAUAAUUGCUUCUCUGCUUUAUGUUCUGGCGCUUGGGUUUCUGGCUCUUUCCACUUUUAUUCCUUCAAACUGUGAAACCGCCAAUGGCAGAUCAUCAUGUUCUUCUCAACUCCAAGUCGUCAUGUUCUUCAUUUCACUGUAUCUUGUGGCAAUUGCCCAAGGUGGCCACAAGCCCUGUGUUCAAGCUUUCGGGGCAGACCAGUUUGAUGCAGAUGAUCCAGUAGAACGUAAAGCCAAGAGCUCAUUCUUCAACUGGUGGUAUUUUGGAAUGUGUGCUGGCCCUACAGUCGGAAUCUUUGUUCUUAGCUACAUUCAAGAUAACCUUAGUUGGGCUCUUGGAUUUGGGAUUCCUUGCAUAAUCAUGGCUUUUGCCCUCAUCGUAUUCUUGAUUGGAACCAUAAAUUACCGAUUUGCAGCAAAAACCGAGGAGAAAAGUGCUUUUUUCAGAAUUGGCCACGUGUUUGUUAAAGCAGCUAGGAAUUGGAAAAGUGCACCUUCAAUAAUGUCUUCAGAUGAGGAAGCUUUUGGAAUCUUUGAUCAUCAACGUUCUAAACAAUUCAGAUUUCUCGACAGAGCUUUGUUUAAGGGAUCGAAUGAAGAUGGAACUGUUUGUAAUAUUGACGAAGUGGAAGAAGCAAAGGCAAUUCUUAGACUAGUUCCAAUAUGGGUUAGUUGUUUAGGGUAUGCAAUUGUACUAGCUCAAACUUCAACAUUAUUUACAAAACAAGGAACCACCAUGGACAGGUCAAUCGGGUCAAAUUUCAAGAUUCCAGCAGCCACGCUACAAUCAUUCAUCGGUCUCUCGGUUAUAAUUCUAAUUCCCAUUUAUGACAUCAUCUUGGUUCCUCUUACACGAUCCAUUACAAGGAAACCAUCAGGUAUAACCAUGCUUCAGAGAAUCGGAAUCGGAAUCCUCAUUUCCAUUGUUUCAAUGGUGGUUGCAGCAGUCGUUGAGACAAAAAGACUCGAAACUGCUCGUGAGUAUGGAUUAUUAGAUGAUCCAAAUGCAACGAUUCCAAUGAAGAUAUGGUGGUUAUUGCCUCAAUACCUAUUGGCUGGAGCUGGUGAUGUUUUUACCAUGGUGGGUAUACAGGAAUUCUUCUAUGACCAAGUGCCAAGUGAUCUUAAGAGCAUGGGCCUCGCACUUUACCUGAGUAUCAUAGGGAUUGGUAGCUUCUUAAGCAGCUUUCUGAUCUCGAUUGUUGGGAAAAUGACAGGUGGAAAUGGUGAAGAUGGUUGGAUAUCUGAUAAUGUGAAUCGAGGGCAUAUUGAUUACUUUUACUAUCUUCUUGCGGGAAUUAGUGUGGGGGCGUUUAUGAUGUACAUUUAUGUCGCAAGAUCUUAUGUUUAUACUCGAGAAAGAGGCUUGUGAUGUUGCUGAAUUAAGUGCUUUGGGUUUAGAUUU